AGGACUUUCAAAAUGGCAGAUCAACGCGUGUCGUGCGGGAGAGAUUUUUUCUGUGUUCCUGACCUUGCUGGAGCCUUAAGGAACGCUACGAACGGAGGGUAUGGAGUUUAUAAGCUACUUCUUCUGCUAGAAUUGUUUCUUUGAAAAUAAUAUAUAGAGAUCUCUUACAGCCAGUAGUGUUUAGGUUUGAUAUGGAGGUUGAAUUAUCACAUGUGCGCGUGCAAGACUUUCAUACUGGAAUUAUCCCAAAAGAAAGCUACUAGAUCACAUUUUUAAAAACAUAAUUGUCAUUACGUGACUGGCUUAUAUUUUAGCCCAUUCUUCCAAAUGGGAAGUCCCCAGGCGGUGAGCUAAACAAUGAGUCACAGGGAAAUUCUUCAUUAAGAGAUGUCAAGUAUGCAAAAGCGGCUAGUUCCGACAUUUAGUGAGUUAACAUGAGUUAUGAUCACAUACCGUAAAAUUCCGAAAAUAAGCCCCGGGGCUUAUAUUUUUCAAAGGCCCUUUUUAAGGGGCUUAGUUUUGGAGGGGCUUAUCUACAGAAGGAAAUUUGCGUUUCAAAAUCGAUUGGGCUGGCCUUAUAGUGGAAGGUAAAUUUACCGUUUUUGCUUUGUCUUACUUUGUAUUUGAGGGUAAUUUUCCUAGUAAAAACUCCCGGGGGACUUAUAUUUGAACGGGCGAUUAAAUGGAAGGUUUUUUGCAUUACCAGUUUGGGGGGCUCAUAUUUGGAGGGGCUUAUACAUGGAGGGGCUUAUUUUCGGAAUUAUAUGGUAGACUGUGGGACGGUCCAAAUUUGUAAGAAUACGAAACUCCAAAACUUCAGAUUUGGGCAGUAUAAAUUUGAGAACCAGUAAAUGUUAAUAUUGAACAAGGAUGGGGACCUGGACAUGGAUACCACCUGUGUCAACCCUUUAUAAUUAGGGAGCUUAAGCAACAGUGUUUUUGAGCGACGGACGUCAACCGGAAGUGGACUUUUUGCAUCAUUGGGCAGUGGUUCUGUUGAAAAUCUUGGGUAAAUCGUCUUUAUAAGAGAAGAGAAACUCAGCAAUACAAAUUUGUUAGCGUCAAGGCAUAUGAGAAGGGAGAAGACCUCACUUCCGGUCGACGUGCGUCGCUCAAAAACGUCUUUGCUUAAGUUCCCUAUUAAUACAUGUGAAAUGCAGCAGUGGAUCCACUCAAUAAUGAUGAGGAAGAGGUUGAAAUAUCAUCAAAAUAUUUUGCUUCAAAAAACUCAUGCCUCUGGUUUGUAUUUUUUUUAUUAAUAGUCAGUUAAUAUUCUUUGAGACAAGUUAUGUCCAUGUGUCUAUUUUUGUGCCCUCCAUUAGUUAUCAAGCUAUGGAAACGGCUUAGCUUUUGUAUAAUGUUCUUUGGCCUCAGCAAUUUCUCUAUGAGGAUUGCUCCCAUUCUUCAAAUUAAAACAAUAAUGCAGGACACUAAAAUUUGUCCCAUCUCCAUUUCAGGUUUGAUUUUAUCUGUGUUCCUAUCUGCCAUCCAAGAUACCGCAGAGAAUUCUUAGAUCCAGUUCCAAACAGAACAGGAGCAUUCACCCGUUCUGACUUGGUGCUUCCUAGUCAAGGUGAUAAGAUUGCAGUGGACCUCCUCUCAUUUUGUAUUAAAUUUUGAUAUACACUGUACAUGUAGGGCAAGUCAUCUAUCAAUGGAAAGUGCUAGUUAAAUGUUAUAAUCUUGGCAAAUUUUCAGGCCUUUUGGCUUUGUCAAAAAAGAGACACAUGCACAGCAGCUGUAUUGAGGAUGUCUCUUGUCCCUGCCCAAAAGUAACUUUCAGCAGAGACUAGCAACAGCUGGAAAUAUGUCCGAGUUUAAGUUUUUGUCAGUGUUGUAUCUUAUCAACUGGGAAUUUUUACUUUUCUUAAGUGAAGUUACUGCUGUAUCAGAGUAAGGAAACCAGGCCUUUUCCCAUUUGCUGUAUGUCACUUUGCGACAUCUAAACUGAACUGAAAUACCUUUUAUUGACCUGUAGAUUGGAAUAGCCUGAUUGUUGGCAAAAUUUCACCAUGGCUUGACUUGGAUUCUUCCAAUGAGAUUGUGCGAAAGAAUUCAGAACUAGUAAGUUGCCCUAUAAAGGGAUUAGUUUUGUUGGUGUAGAGUAGUUUUGCAUCCACUAAAGACUAUAGAUUGAGACAUGUAAGACAUACAGCUUGCAUCUGGAUAAUUGAGGCUCUACUUGUAUGUCAUCUGGUAUAGGAGUACAUAAUUUAGGGAAACUCAAAAGUCAGAGCUGUAAGUAGAGUCUUGGACUUAACUAAGGAUCGGAACAUUUUCUUUUUUCCAGUUCUGCUCAUGAAAUAAAGUAGUCAUUUAUGAUUUGGUGUAAUCCAGAUGUUAGUCAGAACUGCCAGCUGUGGAAUUUAAAAUGAAUGAAUACAAACCAUUCACAAUUAUAGUGUUCAUUCCCAAUCCCAUCCGCUGUGAUUAGUUAAGUUCUUUUGCUUCUGCUUGUUAUUAAUACUGUACGAUAGAUUGUAAUCAAUGUAGUGAAAAACAGAACCUGAACUCUGUUCUUGCUAAAUCUAUACUUGUACUUGCUAAAUCUGUACUUGCUAUAUAUACUCUGCAUUUCUGAUUAUGGCUCCCACUUCAACUCUGUCAUUAGUAAAACCAGCCUUUAAGAUAACAAACUAAACUACACGCUGCAUUGCUUCAUGAAAUGUGAUUUUGAUAUAUUUUUCUUUCUGCAGGGAUUGCAUCAGGAACUAUGUUAUUCAGUUCACUUGAGUCUUCCUGCUGUUCUUGUUCCUCUGAAGAGUUAUAAGUGCACAAACCUUGCACAUCACAUCAACACAAGUAUAACUGACACGCAUGUACAACAGGUUAGUUCAGUUUGACAUCCUGGUCUUAUAACCCUGUCUCAAAGCGUUGCUGAAAAGCUUUGACAUAGAUGUUGAAGCCUGGGAGACCAUGGCCCUAGACUGGCCUGCCUGGUGUAGCAAAGUCAACAAAGGCACUGUCCUCUAGAAGCAAAACAGGAUAGUAGGGGCUCAGAGGAAGCGUGAGCUGCACAAAUCCAAAGUGAUCUCCUUGACACCUGCUCAAGAAACUUACAGCUGUACAAGUGUCCAGAAUGUGGCAGAGCCUUCCUCGCCCAUAUUGGGUCGAUCAGCCACAGCUGGAAACACAGCACCUAAUCCCUUUCCAACGUUAUGUUCUUGGUCAUCAUUGACUAUGACGGACGAACAACGUAACCCUGAUCAACUGGUAUUUGGAAAUAAUUAUUAUUAUCUAGAAUGGUUUUAGCCCUGUCUUUGGGCUCUAACUGCUCAAACUUGGGAUACAUUGUCCUAUUCACCAUUUUCAUCAACUACACCACUUUACAAAGACUGCAUAGCGCUAAGUCUCCCUUAAAUUUUUUGUCAACCCUCUGGUGAUUUUUUACCGGAUUCAUCACCAAUUUCGCCAUUCCAUGCAUUGCUGGACAUAAAUGCAAUAUUGUGCUCAGGUGAAUGCUGUGACUACAGCAUUUUUAACCCUUUAAGUCCCAAUAUUGACCGACAGCAAUUUUCUCCUAAUGAUAUUCAUACCCUAUUAAGAGAUUAGGUUAUGAGUAUUAAUAAACUGAUCACCAAGUGGAAAUACUUUGAUCUUUUGUCAAAUUCUCGUAACUUAUUCUUUAAGGAAAUGUAUAGAGACUAGUUUGGAGAAUUUGUAUGUGAAUAUUGGGGAUGAAAGGGUUUAUAUGAAGCAUCUUGGAGUAUUUCUUCUCCCCCUGAACAGAAUGCUAGAACAACAGGGGCACAUAAUUCAAAUAUUUUUUUAAAAUAUGAAAAUAAUGAUCAGGUGCACUUUCUUUGGUAGGAAGUUAUAACAAAGUUUUUUUUUUAUGCAGGUUUGGAUCCAUGUUCCUAUGAGGAGUCCAGAGGAUGAAUGUGAAAGACAUCUGUUUGUAGACCAGGUAACUUUAAAUAACUGUUUAACAUCACAUACACUGUAAUGCAUGUUGAAGGAACUUGGUGAUGUAUCUGUCACCUUGUGGUUGUUAAGUUGAACCCCACCCACUUAAUAAGGACACCUCAUUAUUACAGACAGUUUCUAUGGUGCCAUCAGUGUCUGAUCAACAGGGUUUGACUGUAUUUCAGUUAUUUUCCCACGUUUGUGUUACAAGUCAAAUUUGAUUUCUAGUUAAUUUUCAUUUAACCUAGGUUGAUUCUCAAUUUCUAAUGUCUCCUAGUCCUAGAAGACAAAGGAAAUUAAGAAUCAACCUACAAUCAUGGACAAAAUUCUUGGGACACUUUUGCAUUUCUGGGGUGUUGUCCAAUCCACACAGAUCCAACCCCUCCCCUCACCCCACAAACAAUGUUAGACGGUCUUGGACGCGUGUAUCCAUAAUUUUUUCCGAGUUUCAACUUUGUAUAGGGUGGGGGGAGGGAGAAAUUCAAGAAAAUUUUGAAAAGGAUGCACUGUUUUAAGAGGGGACCGAGAAAUGACAGAAAAAUAUGAAUAUUGCGGUACUGUCCAAGGACUUUUGUACUGGAUUGUAGGUUAAAAAAUUUUAACCUGAAAUCAAAUUUGACCUCUCUAACAUUGCCUUUUUGCUGGUGCAAUGUUUUUAAAAACCUGUACAAAAUUUAUUUUAACCUGUGGGUAAAAUUGUAUCUUUUGGAUCAGGAAAUAGUUUUUCCUAACAGAAGGUUAGGGUUUGAGUUUUAGCUUCAUUGUUCUAGAUUUUUUUGAGAGGCAUAAAAUUAACGUUGUACUGUUUUUUAGAGAAUACUAGUGGUAUGUUCUGUUUCACCUCAGUGAUCUUUAUUUGUAGUAAAUAAUUAAUUUUUUCAGGAAGAAGUAGCAAUGACCAAGUUUGACAAAGAUCCUUGGGAAUGGUAAGGUUUAUUAAUGAGUUUUUGAGUUUUAAGUGGCAUUUUCAAAUUUGCAUAAUAGGAUUUCUCUUAAUUUUUUGGUUAUUCUUAAGUAUAUUUAUACAGUACUUACUGAUCGGGAUAGUAUUAAUUUUCAUACAGACUGUAUGAAGAUGCCACUAUCAGCCAUCACUAAGUAGAUAAUUUUGUUGACCUUUAAAUAAUGAUGUUCUUUCCUAUUUAGUCUAUAAACAAGUACAAGCAGUGAUGGUUUUAAUCACGCAACAAGGCAGCCAUACUGGUGGACAAAACAGUAAUUUUUUUUUGCAGAAUUUCCAUGAUAAAAAAAGGGUUCAGUUCCCAGUGAAGGAUUAUUGGUUUUGUUUUUGUCCAAAAGUGUGAACACCAUGACCUCAGCUGAAAACCAGCUAUACAGGUUUAAUUACUGUUUGGCCCUGAUGCUGGUGACCAUUUUUUUCGAACUGGUUUUUACUGAACAUUGAAGAAGAUCAUUUUGACUGUCUUUUUUAAUAAUUUGUAGGUGGAAUUUGUUUAGAACUAUUUGUGCAAACAGUAGAAAAGUUGGUUUGGGUAAGUUCUUGAGUCCAUACAAGGAUAUAGACCUUUCCCGCAUUCCUGUAGACAAAGGCACCAACUUGAGGCUCAGGUGGAAAAAAUACGGUGAUUUGUAUGAAAUUGUCCACCUGAGCCUCAUCCUCAUUUCUUUAUGUUUGUUCACUGGAGUGUAAUGCAGGAAAGGUCUAUUAUUAAAGCAUGUAGAUUCUACAGUUUACUGUGACUACUACAUAUAUAUGUCUGACAGUUUCUCUUUAGUAAUACACUUUCCAAAUGCCCUAUUAUGGACUGCAUACUACAACUGCCAGAGGUUGUGAGUUUUUGGCUGGUUCAUGUGGUAGAUUUUUUGGCUAUACAAUAAUAUUAUUUUUACUCUUUUACCAUUAAGCCCACAGCAUGAAUGAUUUUGUGUAAGUCAAUCCACAUCAUCCAUACAAUAAUAAUAAUAAUAAUAAUAAUAAUAAUGAUAAUAAUAAUGAUAGAUAAUUGUUUACAAUUGCUCUGUUGAAAACCAGAGAUAGUUAAAUACUAAAUUUGUAUUUAAUUUGAGAAAAGUUUAAUAAAGUAUGUUUUUAUAAUAAUAAUAAUAAUAAUAAUAAUAAUAAUAGUAAUAAUAAUAACAAUGAUAAUAAAGUAUUACUUAUUACUAUUAAGUUAAAGAUUAUUAUGAUAUAUUAAAAUUUACAGCAUAUAAUUAUUAAUAAUAAUGAUUACACAGUAAGAGUUCUCUGUACUUGUUUGACUGAAAUUUAUGACGAAAUAUUAUAAUGUUUACACUCUCUACCUCUAAGCUUUGGAGAUUUCUGCUGAGUUGCCUUCAGAGGAAGAGUUAGAAAGAUGGUAUGGAGAACCAGUUAAAGCAGCAAUCCUUCCCACAAGUUUAUUUCUAACAAACAAGAAAGGUACAAAGAAUUGACUCUUUUAUUUAAAGUUCAUCAGGGUAAGAAGAGGGCCCAUAAUGCAAAUGUAAUAAGGCUUUUUGCACGUAUAUGAGCAAUCACUCCUUACAUAGCCACCUGUCAUUUAAAUAUUUAUUAAUUUUAUAUAAUUAUUAUAAGUGUCCUACUGUGUUCUUACCAGACCGCGGCUUUGCAGGAUUGCUGCACUUUUUUAGGAACUGCCGCACUAUAAUUAUCCCAAGGGAUCCCAAGGGCGCAGAGAAGGAACAAAAACCUAUGACAAAACAUACGGUAUAAGCAUACGUACAGUGCACACAUAUGUACACUUCCUUGUAGUAUAAGCCAAAAAUUAAUUGGUUAUGGCUUCUUUAGAAACACCCAUCAUUAUCUACAGUGUAAAAUGCAGCCCUGUGAAAACAUUGAGUUAACUGUAUCUAAAAAGUGUGACCCGCUUUUCUCCCUCAUGACCGCGCCCUUUUAGCUUCUUUAUGGGUCCUGUGGACCUGAGUGUAUGAAUCCUGUUACGAACACUGGUGGCCUGUGGCCAUCUCUUAAAGAUAAAGUAACCACCCGUCCAAAAUUCCUGGGCAAAGAAUUGCAGUUAAAACCUGCCAUGAGCGCACAUGCACUUGCAUUAAAUGACUACCAGUCAGGGCAGUGGCUUCUUUAUUAUUUAAAGUUUGACUGUAUUAAUCUUUGCUCAACAUUAUCUGAUUGUUAGGUUUUCCAGUUUUAUCAAGAGCUCAUCAAGCACUUGUUAGAAGGUUGUUCAGGGUGAGAAGUUCUGUUGUGAAACUUUUACAUUCUAGUUUUAGUUAAUUUUUGUGUCCCAUUUUGAAAAGUGCUUGAAAUCACUCAAUGCAUCUUUUAAUAUUUCAGUUGAAUGCACAGUUGAUUUUGACUGGUGUCAACAAACACAAGGACAAGGUAAGAAUGUACAACAACUCAAUACCAUUAGUUACAGCUGCCUUUAAAAAGAAAAUUAACCAAAAUAUUAAACCACUUUGACUUAGUAAGUAAUUAUAAAUCCAUAAAGUGUACAUUAUCUUCGUUAGCAUUCUUUCCAGGUUGCCAUCAUGGUUCAAAAUCUUUAUUGUCACCUAACACAAUAAAGAUUUCCCAUCAAUCUCAGAUACCCAAAUAGAAUUCAGGCCAUAAAUAAGCAAGAGAAAUGCCUCUUCAUUGUGCUCUGUUCUUUCGCUAAAAAAUUUUUAACAUACCGGUAGUUCAGUUUUAAGCUUGUUUAAUUAUGUUUCUUUACUUUUUGUAUUUUUGUUAUCACUUCAAUAUGAACAUGUAAUGAAUUAUUGUGCUGUUUGUUAAGUUGUUAAUAAAGUUUAUUAAAAAAAAUAAUAUUGUCACCAAACACAAGAGCCAUCAUUCAUUCAUUCACUUUAUGAACGAAAUAAAUAUAGUUAACCAAGGUUUCUCUUCCACCGUUUACAUUGUAGGGACUGGGAUUCUACUACCAAUACCUUGCCCAUCUUUACCAGGUAUGUGAUAACUAUUAACUGGUUUUUGAUAACAAAACGAGACUUAAAAGUUGACAUUAAGUUGAAACUCCCUUCAGUGGCCACCCAAAGUGUGAAGAUCUAUGUUGUAGUUAAUUGUUUAUCUCAGGUAAUUUUUCUUUUUCUUUUUUUUGUCUCCAUUGUUUGGUCAAUAAAACUACUUGUUAUAGUUUAAAAAAAUGUGUAGAUCUGGUGUUCACUGCUUACAGGAGGUGGUUGCUGAAGAGAUUCAAGCCACAAGAUAGAAUAGGGGGGAGAGGGUUACGGGAGGCAGGAAAGGUAAGGGUGGGAGGUGGGAGUGCUUAAAGGGUGAGAAUUGGGAGAAAUAGACAGAAAUUAUGCAACAGUGUUUAGUAUUUGGCAAUCAAAAGAGGGUUAAAGGGGGGAAGCCAAUAAUUAAGGAGUGGGAGUAGGGAAUAGAGGUUUGGACACCCAUGUGACAUAAAGAUUUAAAAGGUUUAAAGGCUUGUUUAUAGUGGAAAGUGCACUUAGCUUAUCCAGCAGCUAGUUUACAGGCACUCCAGUCAAACACUUAGAAACAAGUAAUUCAAAUACAACAUAACACAAAGGGAUUAAAAACCUCAACUGGUAGGAGGCAAUCAGUUGGCUAUUUACAAGCUAGUGUGGCCAAGGAUUUGAACUUGGGACCACCAAGAGCAAAUCCAGUAACUCGCCAGAGCGGGACUCGAACCUGGGACUGCCGGAUUGUGAGUCCGACGCGCUGAUCACUCAGCCACACUGCCUCCUGUGACUUUGGAUGUGGCGGUGUUUUGAAACAUGCUAACUGUUUCACUUACACUGUAGGUUAUGGAUUUUUCUUUUUUAUAGCCUGGAAAACUCCUGGUGAUUCAAACAGACCCUUCAUGGUAUAAUGAUGAUAUUGAUGAAUGUUUGUUUUAAUUAUUUCUUCAGACCCAGCCUCAGUUGGACAAUGUUAGUCAGUUUGCUAAAGGAUAUGAAGACUACUUGCAAUGCCCUCUGCAGGUAAGAAAUGUAUUGCAUCUCGCUUUAAAUUUUAGGGCUAAAAGCUCUACUAUUCACCAUCAUUUGCCAUGCUACAUGUAUAAUCAGCAUAUAUUCUAGUAAUUCUUCUGAGUACUGGGGAUAUUGGAUCCACGGCUCAAAAAGGGUACAUUUUGUACCUUUGCUGAAAGAUAGAGGUUAUUUUUUGAUGCAGGAAAUUUGUGUCAAACAGUUAUGUGACACACCAUGUGAGUGAGUCCCAGAUCAAGAAUUGACCUACAGAAUUGAUGGCUCUUAUUGUAAUGAUCUACCAUCAUCAGGGGCACCCAACGACAGUUUUCUGUAAACUAUUUUUUUGGAGAAGCAAAUAUUUCCUAGAAUUUUCUAAUACUUGAGGAUGAGUAAAUUUUUUUAGAUGACUGUUCCAUUCAUGGACAAUUUUCGAUGCUUAUCUAAUAAAUUUCCUUACGAUUUUCCGAAGUUUAAUUUUCAAAUUUUGCUUCCCAAGUUAGGCUGGUUUUUUUUUGUAGAAAAAAGGGAACCUAGUAAAAUUUUUGGAUUCAAAAAUGUGAUGGCUAGAGGAAUAAGAAAAAUUCUCAUUUUCAUAUAAUUUAUAAAUGCAUCCAAUUUCAUGAGAAAAUUUUCGGGAAAAUAAUACUCAAGCCCUUGAAAUUCAGAGAAGACUCAAUGACUGAACAGAUACAAAUUCUAUGGCGCAACUUAGAAUGCAUUUCUAGAGAUCUAAAACUGUUGCGGAUUGCCUAAAAAGUGUUUUCAAUGCAUUUAAGAGGAAACCAUCAUUGGGUGCCCCUGCAUCAUAAACAAUCGUAUAUUUUUGUAAAAAAUAAUAUUUAACCAAAUAAUAGUAAACUCUCUAUAACAUUAAAUCUCCUUUAAAGGGUGUCAAGUUAGUAGAUUUUUAGAUAAUGUGUCACACUGCGGAAUAUCUCUUUGUGUCUGUUAGGAGGCAAAAAAGUACAGAAGCGUGCAACAACAUACCAUACAAGUGGAGGGUGGGGGUGGGGGUGGGGGUGUAGUACAAGUGGGGGAAUGAAAACUGUAUAAUUUUACAGAGUUGUCUGACUUUUCUGUUAUUAUAUUUCAGCCUUUGAUGGACAAUCUAGAGUCUCAAACAUAUGAAAUAUUUGAACGAGAUCCUAUUAAAUAUAGAGAAUAUCAAAGGGUAGGAUACUUAGUUUUCUCUUGUUGGUUCUUUAAAUGUAUUUAUUAUUAGUUGUAAUCUUUUACCCUUUAUACCGUAAAGAAUGUCAGUGCAAUUAAAAAGGAUUCUUUAGCAACAGUUAUUAUUUUGGCUAUUUUGUUUUUUAUUACUGAGUACCAUUGCCAGUGUAUGCUUUUCAUGCUCUAUAAACUACAUAACUGUGUCUUCAAAUGCGUACAUGCCCCUCUUCAGUUUCACGUAGGACAUUUUUAAUUUUAAAAAUAUCAUGUCUCAGACUCUUGUCACUUGUAAUUUAUUUCUGGGGUAGUGAGCACAAGUCUCCAGGGACCAGUUGUAUAAAUCUGAACAUUGGACAUAACUAGUAAGGUCGGCCUUCAGCCCAGUCAAACUCUUUAUUUUUACUCCAGACGUUAACAGUUAUGUCAGAUGAAAGGUUUUAUGCAACUUGGUACCAUCUGGACUAGCUAAUGACCAAGGCCGAGUUGUUCAAAGCUGGGUUGAGAUAACCCAGGGUUAGUGCAAAAUUUGAGCUUAGAUAUGAUAGCUUCAAAAACUAAUUCAGUUUAAUUCACUUUGACUACCAUUUCAUGAUUGGAUACUCUAAAAAGAAUAUGGAAAAUUAUCCAAGAGAGUGCUUUUGAUGAAAAGAAAAGAAGCCCAGGUUAAAAUUUAAUCCUGGGUUACAGCUAACCGGCAUUUGAACAACUGGGCCCAGAAGGUUUUGUUUUAAAACCCUGUGUCAGCCGAACUCACAUUUCUAUUCCCAAAUCACCUGUUUCACUGACUGAAGUAAAAACAUUCUCAAUUGUAGGCAGUUCAUCAAGCAUUACUUGACAGAGUUCCCGAGGACCAAAAGGAUUCUGUUGUAACGUUAGUAUUGUUAUUUUGUGUAACAGUUAUUGCUUGUGGAUACAAUCAGUAGUGCAAUAUUCAAAGGGGUAUGUUACCGUUGAGUAGCUAAUUUUGUUAACAAUUCCAAUUAUGCACCCAUAUUCGCCAUGGAACUUGAGAAAUUACUUGUAAAUGGCAAAAUAACACGACAUUUUGGCGAACAGAUAUGUCUCCCAAGCGUUAAAUCAAAUGUUACAAACAACAAAAAUGAACUUGGAAAAACUGUUAGGCUAACAAGUUUUCAAAAAAUACAAUUGCAAUCUGUUUCAAUCUUCUCCAAGUUUGUCCAUCCAUAAUUCCUUCUUUUGUAUUUGCUGUGUUAUUUUAUACCCUAUUUUUAUGUUCUUAGCAGUUAUAUUAGUGUUUUACUCAGUUUGGUGGCGUUUCCUGCCGUUAGAAUUUUCAAUAAGUUUCGUGACACAGCUCCUUUAACCCUGAUAAAAGAUCAUGGCAUUUUCUCUUUGGUGAUCAUUUUAUUAAUUCUCAUAACUUUAUCUCUUGACAAUGUAUGGGUAUUGUUAGGAGAAAAUUGAUAUUGGUCACUGUUGGGACUUAAAGAGUUAACUGCCAGCCGUUUCCUUGUCAGGGUAAUUAUGGUAGUUGGUGCUGGGCGUGGUCCACUCGUUCGAGCCUCAUUGACAGCCGGAGAGGAGUCAGGACGAAAGGUCAGAGUGUAUGCAGUGGAGAAGAACCCCAAUGCUGUAGUCACGUGAGUGUUUCUAUCUUGUUGUGUUAGGAUUUUCCACAUUCCACUUCAAAUCAAGAAUUUAAUUGUGUAGCAAUCAACCAUGGGCUAAUGCCUACCGUAGGAGUCUUCUGAGGGCAGAAAAUGUGUGCUCUGAAGUCGCCUAUGUCACAGGUAUUGUCAAAUUCAUCUUUGUUCUUUUUAGCACCAAAGCGUGUGGGCUACGGACAUCCCCCCUCCCCCCUGCUUCGCCGCCCAUGCAUAGAUGGAUACCUCCUAUAGAUACUGUAAUAAAAAUUGAUCUUUGAUAAACUAGGUAACAAGUAUUCUGUGUAAGCUGAAUGCAAAAGCUCUUGAUGUUUGACGCCUGGGGUGGAGAAGCUUGCUCAAGUAGAUUUUAAAGCUAACAUUUUGCUCUGCUGUAGGUUGGAAACUUUGAAAGAGGAAGAGUGGAACGGUGAUGUCACUGUUGUGUCAUGUGACAUGCGCGAGUGGGAUGCUCCUGAAAAGGUAGUAUUUUAGAGUAGUAGUGGCACGUGAUCUUAUGGCUGUCAAAUCUUUCCGUGAAUUCAUAUUCUUGGUUUAUCCUCAGGCUGAUAUUCUUGUGAGUGAGUUGCUGGGUUCAUUUGGUGACAACGAAUUAUCUCCCGAGUGUUUGGACGGAGCGCAGAGUUUUCUUAAAGGUUAGUGAAUUUUCGAUAUUUUAUGGCCCAUCCAUAUAUUUCGUUUUAUUUGCUUAUUCAUUGCGCGAGCAAGGUUUCAAGUAAACUUAGCUCAGUUUACUAGCAUCCAGACCCGAUUCAUCUUAACAGAGAACUUAGCAGCAAUGAUGAUGACGACGGUUACGAAAACGUCACUUAAAAAUUGAAGUCGCACUGCUUCAACUUUAUCGCGCUUAUUCCAUGUCGUUCAAUUCGUUAAAUGAUGGUAAUUUUGUUCUGGAGUUGAGUUCUAGGAGGCUGUAUCGAAGUUUAUGACCAUUUAUGAAGGAGAAAUAGGCCCGUCGCCGUCGCCGUUUCCGUGCCCUAGUGACUCUAAACGACUUUGACAAGAGUGUGUACGCCUUCCUUUACAGUCUAUAAAUCAACUGACCAAGUAUAUGCCUCAAAUGACUUGCAUCUUUUUCUCCUGGGCUUGAGUCGUUGUAGUUAUGAUCUGUUUUUUUUUUUUUACAGAUGAUGGAAUAAGUAUCCCGUGUGAAUACACGUCCUUUUUGGCUCCAAUAGCUGCACCCAAAUUGCACUUUGAAGUCGCUCAGAGUAACGAUAGUGGCAAAGGACCAUUGGUAAUAUUACAUGCAACUCUUAAAACUCUCAGAUCAGGAGGUGUUUUCUUCGUACUGUGUUCCAUACAGUUUUUAUGGUGCUCAUGAGGAGAAUUUUCGUCCCAAAAAGAGAGAGGCAAAGACGAUCUGCUGGGCAUCUUAAAGGCCGUAAAAUCUACACCUCUUUACGUGCCUUUUAAAAGCGAGUUGAAUGUACAGUAAUUUCAGUCAAAUUCAACUCGCUGCUAGCCCAGCUUUUAUUCUUGGCCUCACCGGUUAUACAAGUUAUUCGUUUGUACUAAUGUGUUUAGCAAAAAAUGAAGUCAUCUUUAUUAAGAAGUUAUACAAUUACAAAAAGGAAUCAAGAGGUGAUGAUGGUUCUUACAAGGGUUGUUUUUGGAGAUGAAGGGCGCUUUCCAUUCAACCCAAAAUUCCAGAAAUUUCGGUUGGUACGUCACAUCGAACGGACCAUUUCGGUUUGGUCUGACCGGAAUAUUCCGGACCAGCUUGAAAGGUGGUCCAUUUUGACCUUUCAGGUCAUUUCGGUCGGUCGGACCUAAAUGUCCCUUUCCAUUUGACACAAUUGUUGUCCCCAGGACCGCUCUUUUGUAUCCUACCUACAAGAACAAUAACCAAACGCGCGGUGUCUUGGGUCGGGUAUGUGCAACCGGAAUGUACCGUUCCGUUGGGCACGUGAAAUUUCCGAAAUUUCAAAUCGGAAUUUUUGUUGAAUGGAAAGCGCCGGAAAUCAUGUGAUGUGACCUGCCACUCAAAAGAAUUUCUUUCGCAGUUUGACUUGUUACACUUGCUCCUAUACAGAUAUUUUGAUAUUUUGCCCCAUCGUCAAUGUCAUUUUCCGGAUCAUUUUACGUUUCUGUGAAACUGCCCACCUACCCCUCCCCGAAGCCAAAAUUUUGCCCUAAGUAAGAACUACAGGUGUUAAUGUUGGUUUAGGGGAGGGGUAGGUGGCAUGUUUCACCGAAACGUAAAAUGAUCCCAUUUUCCUAUCCUUUUUUUGUUUAUUUAUUUUACUGUCAUUUCUUUUUUGUAGGCUCCGUUUGAGACCCCCUACGUGGUUCGACUUCAUAACGUUUCUCUGAUAGCACCUCCUCAGCCCUGCUUUAUCUUUUCACAUCCAAACAGAGGUUUGUGAACGGUUUCAAACUACCUAAGGUUCAGUAAAACGAGCAACAAAAACGUGCAACUUUUUUUUCGUCAUGGCUGCGAAACAAGUUUGAAAUGCUUUAUUGCGCGUUUUACCACCCAUGUUCAAACCUGUCUUGCGACAAAUCAGGUUUUUGCAGCUGCCUCGUACCCAGACGUCUCUCUCUCGAUGAAAAUGUGCGCGCAAAGGAAGGCGGGAAGGAUACCCUUCCCAUGGUCCCUUGCGGUUCCCACUUUACCGUAACCGAAGCAGUUCUUGCCUUAAGCUUAGUAUGAUAUGAAGAAUUAUGCCGAUCGAGGAUCGAGGGUUUUCUGCCUCAGCAGAUAACACUCUCCAAGGACUACAUAAUUCUUCCGAUCAUACUCAGCCUUCCCAGAUAAUUGCCUUAUUAUUCAUUCAAAAUUAUUAAUAGUUUCAAAUAUGCUUAGCUCUUACCUCAGUCGGGGUUAAGUUUUUGUCUUCAUUUGUCUGUUUCUCGCUCGGCAAAUUCAGCGAACAGGCUCCACUAGAGCCGAGGUGAGUGCAGCAUGGCUUGGGGCAUCAAAACAAAGUCUACAGGCUCUCUCGCCAUUUUUCCUCCCCCAGGCCACGCUCGGCUCGUUUCGCUCGCCUAUUCAUUUUUUCCCGCACAUCGGAUAAGACGGACCAAUCACAAUACAAAUCAUACCUCCUGUUCUUUGCCUUCCAGUUGAGAGAAUCGACAAUUCACGCGUGAAAUCUUUAGAGUUCGAAGCUAAGACAAGUUACACAAUGCACGGAUUCGCUGGCUACUUUGAAACAGUACUUUACAAGGACGUCACUCUGAGUAAGUACAAAUUAUAGAAUAGGCCACUUCCGAGUUCCAAAACAUCUCACUUUCAAAACGAGGCUAAGUGCGAAACCUUUGUUGUGAAAAUGAGUUUCAUGUGCAUCAUAAUUAAAAAUCAUUUUCAUAUCAAUAGCUUCGCACUUAGCCUCGCUUUGAAAGUGAGAUUUUUUGGAACUCGGAAGGCACCGGGUCAUUAGAAAGAAAGCUUUGAAGACGCAGAGAAGUAUUAAGGGAAUAGAUUAGUUAACCUUUGUCUCAGUUGGUGUUUUGAAGCAAUGAUUAAAGAUGCUAACGAAAAACUUAUGAAGUUUACAGUCGAGGUAUCACAAGUGUACCGAUAUAUUCAAAUUUAUUGAUAAUAUAAUAUAUUUACCACACCACUUUUUGCCAUUGUCACAUAGGUUUGUUCGCUUACACAUUUUUAUGCAUCCUCGGAGACCCAGGGGUCACCCAGGGGUCGGGAGAAAAGGCGCGACGAAAGUAUUCAAGCGCGGGCGGAAGGGCCCCUGGUUACCGACUCUUACCGGAUCAUUUCCAAACGGUCUAGUGAAUGCUGGCUCCUGAUUGGGCACAAAAAAUGCUUUGUAUUAUUGUGCCCAAUCGGCGAACAGCAUCGCCUAAGUUUUUUUUGUGUGUUCGUACACGACUGCUAUUGUCUCGCCGUACUAUAUUGUACUUGUCCGGUUCGUUGUUCACCAAGGUUGUUCCCAAACAGAAGUCACGAUUUGCUUGACUGGUUGACCCGACUGACUCCCUGGGUCUCCGAGGAUUAUUUUUGUGCUGUACUUUCGGAAAACAUCAAGUUCCCUUGUCCACUGUUAUCUCUCCUCCCUUUAUAUUUUUCAGGUAUAAGACCAGAAACGCAUUCAGAAGGAAUGUUCAGUUGGUUUCCAUUUUUCUUUCCUAUCAAGGUACGUGCAGUUUAGACAAACUUAAGGGUACGUGACACACCUAAACCAACCCACGGUCUUGCUAGUACCUCACUCAUGCGCACAGCCAUAUCACCCGGGCAGAGGCAGUCAUACACCGCUGUUUCGCCCUUGUUAUAGUUUAGCUUGCUUCUCAUCGUGCCAUAUUGAGGCCUGCGUUAUAUGAAAGCCCACUCGGCGUGUACUGUUUUUUCGCGGUUUGGUAAAAAGCUAUGGCAUUACCGCCACCGAAAUGCAUAAUUUUUUUUAGAUAUACCACAUACGGAAUAACCAUCGAGCCAAAAAUAUCAUACUGAGGGGCAAAAUAUCACGCUUGUGAGCGAAAUGUUUUAGCUCUAAUGUGAAAAGCAAUCUUACAAAACUUCAAAAGGUUGAGUUUGAUCGUCCGGGUGAACGUAGUCCUGAAUAGGACUGUUGUUGUUGACAGUGACUGACGUUUCGACAACCUGUGCGGUAGUCAUCUUCAGAGUCAAAGUGAGUUGUAUCACGUCAGUUGAUGGUAUUAUACUCGGGUUAUUGAUCUGAUUGGUCAAUUAUGUCGCGAUGUUAUUGGUCGUCUGUCAGUUAAGCCGUGAUGUUAUUGGCUAUGAAGACUCGUAAUCAGUGAUUGGUGCGUUUCGAUCCGUCUAUUUUCGCAGUUAAACAGUCGUCUAUUGUUAGUCAAAUUGUUAGUUCUCCAGUUGUUCUCUCGUAGUUAGUUUUGCUUGAUCUCGUCAAUAAGUCGUUUGUACGGCGCUGGUAACUGUUGACUACGAUUCAGUGGCGUUUGUUCUAAGUUAGUAAACCCGCUUUCUAAAGUAAGACGUUGAUAGUAGUCUGUAGAAUACGUUAUACAUGUCGCAGAGUCCCAGUCAAUUUGAUGUUUCGUCUUUAAAUGGUGCUCAGCAAUGUGAUUGUUCCUCGUCGCACAGUCUUACAAAACUUCUCGGUCAUCUUGCGACUUGAUCGAUCUCGCUGUUAUUAAAAUUUAGUGAUAAUGAUGUGUGCACCAUCCUUACAUCUUGGGGUACAUGCCUAUAAAUUGAACAAUGUAUGCCCGCGACCUAUGUUGACGGGGAUUGAAAGCAGUCUUCCUUUAUUGUAGGAAGUAAAAGUUAUCACUACAUUUCCUUAAGUUAAUUUUAUAUAAGCAAGCAGUCGUUGACUUUUUCCGCUGACGCCAUGUUUUUCUUAAUUUAAAGGAACCACAGUAUGUGACUGCGGGCUCAACAAUAGCUUGCCACUUCUGGAGAAAGUGUACGAGGAAAAAGGUCUGGUACGAGUGGUGCUUAUCUCGCCCCACCCCUACCCCUCUUCACAAUCCUGGAGGAAGGUCUUACGUCAUAGGCCUUUGAAACAGACCAAAUAUUCCGACCGAUUAGUUUUGGUUUGUCUAUAUUUUUUUAAACGCUUUUUUCAAUAUGUAGAAGGGUAAGUUGAAACUCCUUCUCUUGUAAGGCUUACACAGAUAUUUGUUUUGGUUUGUGUCUUAUCAGAAGGGCUGUUGUUCAAUGCAUCCUUAAUGAUUAUAACAUUUAUCCGGAUUAAAUAAAGUG